AUCAGCUGGCAGCUGAGAGACCUGAGAACGACACGUGCUAUCCAAGUGAACAUGUGCAUUUGGACCAUUCGUCCUAAUUGAUUAAAACAUAAAUAUUGAUUUAGAUAACAAACGCAAUUGUUGAAUUUUGAGAGUAAUAAUGGUGGUAUUCACUUGUAAUAAUUGUGGUGAUUCUCUGCAGAAGCCCAAAGUUGCUAAACAUUAUCAAUUUCAAUGUCGAAAUAAUGUGUCGUUAACUUGUGUGGAUUGUUUUCGGGAUUUUGUUGGUGAUGAGUACGUGCUCCAUACCAAAUGCAUAACUGAGAAUGAGAGAUAUGGUGGAAAAGAUUACAAAGCUAAACCAUCAGCCAACAAAGGUGAACGCAAGCAACAAGCGUGGAUCAAUGUAGUGCAGAAUGUCUUGAAUAAUUCCACCAAUCUAUCUCGGGAAGAAAAAUCAUUCCUGCAAUCUAUAUCUCGACACGAGAAUAUCCCAAGGAAGAAAGCCAAGUUUUUGAAUUUCGUGAAGAAUGCUGUGGGCUACAGACUCAACAUGAAUGUCGUUGAUAGCUGCUGGGAGAAGAUGGAGAGUGCUUUCAAGGCUGUGACAGAGAGUAAAUCUGAGACACCAAAACAAAUUGAAAAGGACGAGGAGGUUGUUUCCAAAAAUAAUGAGAGCAUCAGUCGGGAGAACGGAAGUAUUUUAAAGGGAAAAGAGAACAAAUCAGACAGUGGCGAUGAUGAUUUAACGAAUGGAAAGAUAAAGAAAGGGAAGAAACGUCAGAUAGAAGGAGCUGAUGCUUCAGGGGAUCAGAAUGAUGAGCCUUCUCUCAAGAAAAAGAACCUAGAGGAUCAAUCAGCUCAUGAGGAAUCUCACACAGCUAUCGAGACUGCCAAAUUCAGUUGGACAUCAAGCAUUCUUCAAGCCCUUGGCGACAGAGAAGAGAUUUCUCUCAAGAAAUUGAAGAAAAAAGUUGUGACACGGUAUUUAGAACACAUGGGAGAUGCAGCUACUCGAGAGAAAGCUAUUUCCAAGUUCGAGAAGAAGCUUCGGAAAAUAUCCGAGUUACAAUCAGUAGACGAUAAAGUCAAGCGUGUAUAAAAAUCAAUUGCUAAUUCUUUUUUACAAAAAAUAGAAAAUAUAAGAGUAUAUAA